GCGCUGUUCAAACUUGCACUUGCGCGAACGCGUCUGUCAGUUUAUGUAUCAGAUCUGUUUCUAUGGCAGUUGAUUUGAGUAAUGGGAAUACGUAAAUAUUUUCUAUGUAACAAGUUUUGUUAUUUUAUACGUAUAUAUAUCUGUGAUAUUUUGUAAAUCUCUAUGAGAAGUUCUACGAAACCCAACGAAAUGCUAGAAGCUGGUGAAUCGGACGUAGAAAUUAUUUUGAGCAUAAAGGAAGGAAGAGGUUUUGAAGAAGUUUUACAACCAACUUUUUUGACUGGAACAUUGAAUGGAUAUUCAUUGGAUACUAAUAAAGUUGACUCAUGUCCAAAUCCACAAUAUGAAAUUGAUCUGAUUUGGGAAACAAAUAAAACUGCAUUAAGAAGAAUGCGAUCAGGGCAAGUCCCAUUAAAAUUAGAAUGUUUUGCUUUUAAAGAAAAUGGAGAUAAAGAGAAACUUGGAUAUGUUCUGUUAAAUAUACGUUCAGCUCAAGUAAUAAAUCAACAAGGAAAGCCAGAUGUAAAAGCAAAUUGGCAUAAAUUGCUUGGACUAAGAAGUGAUCUUAAAAUGCACAAACCUGAAUUGCUUCUCACAUUAAAGAUUGAGGAUAAGAAAAGUUCAAAUUCAAAUUCAACAGUAAAGAGAUGUCAAGGAAUCGAAUUUUAUAAAACUUCUAAUGGCAAUAUAGAAAAAUUUAAUUCCAACAAUCAUUUUGAUGAGAGAAUACAUGCAACGGAAUGUAAUGAUGUAAAUAAACAGCCUGUUGAUUACCAAUAUUUAAACUGCCAAACAAAUAAAAUCACACAUUCAUGUGAUGAAACGAUCUGCAACUGUAAUAAGAAUUACAUCAAGAAUACAGGAUCUUAUCAUUGUUAUUGUUUACAUAUUUUAAUCGUGGCCGUAACAUUGGUAUCCUUCAAAUUCUCUAAACGACAGAUUGAGUUUCGAGUUCAUCAUCCAAAAGCUGAGAUUAUUUCAACAGUGCACGCGACAAUGCCAGUUUCAGCAGGUGAAACAAUUAAGUUACGUGAGAGCGGAUGUCAGUUUCACUUUAUUUCCACGUCAGAUGAAAUAAAACAAUUACUGAACUCUUUCCCGCCAAAGAUUAGUAUGCACGACGCGAACAAAAAUGAAUCAUUAUCACUAUUAGUGCUUGACUUGAAAUCUUUAUUCGAUCAGCCAGAAUAUCAACAAAACAUAUCUGUAUAUGAUACAGAUCAAAACAAAAUUUGUGAGAUGGAUAUUAUGCUUAAACUGGAAGAUCGUGGAUUGCAUUUUAUAUUGAAGAAAGAGAGUUCCAAGAAAAAUUUAGGUCCGCCGAUAUUGGAUGACAGUUUAGCGUAUAAAAUAGUAGAUGAGCUCGAAACAUGGAAGGAACGUCAAAAGGAAAUGUUCAAGUUUGAGCUGAAGAAAAAAGAGGAACGACAUUUAAAUAUACUAAGCGAAGAAUGGCGAAAACAAAAGGAAACUUUAGAAUCAAAACUUGCGUGCAGCGUCGAGCAAUGUAAAAUGCUAGCCGCCAGUUUAAACAGUGCUACCGAAGACUUGAAAAUGCGUAGAUUAAAGAGUCUAGAGAACGAAACCAAACUGAUUAAAGUAAACGAAGAGUUACAAUGGAGAUACGAAAUCAAAGUACAAGAGCUUAAAGAUUCUUUGCAUGUGAUGCAAGCUGAUUUUACUUCAAAGAUCACAAAACUUGAGGAAAAAAAAACUGCUUCAGAAGCACAAUUGAAAGUGGUAAUGCGUGAAAAUGAAAAUUUGAAAUUGUCGAUAAAUAAACAGAUGGAAGAGUUACAAAUGUAUCAGAAGGGAUCUUUGACUCAGGAUCAAACGACGUCCUUGCUGCAAGAAGUGAAAUUGCUCGAGGAAAAACUAGAAAAUGCCCGGAAGGGAAAAUUAUUUUUCAAAGAACAAUGGGCCAAGGCGGUUCGUGAGAUACACAGAAUGAAAGUGGAUUACCAGCAAGCCAUGCAAGUUCAAAUCAAAAACAGUAAAGAGGAACUGAAGAACGUGGAGUAUGUUUUAGUUAAAUCGAGCUUACAAGUGUUCUAUUACAAGAGACAAACACCAAUUUAA